AAUUGAUCAACAGUGGACUAGUGAAAAAAAUAUAUAUAUUUUGGGUUGGAUUUGUCCUUCAACGCACCCCUCUCUCUCUCUCUCUCUCUCUCUCUCUUUAUUUCCCUCCCUCGCGCAAUUCCCCGGUUGUGUUGGGGUGGAUGACGCGGCACCCAUACCUGUGCUGUGUGCUUCUUGCGCCGGCUGGGCGUGCAGCCUGGGGAAGGAAGGGUGAUGGGGAUGCGGCUGCCAUGGUAACAAGCCGAUUAGAUCCAGACCUUUGUGUGUAUUUAUUUAUUUAAUAUUUCAGUUGCGUGCUUGCGUGCCUGAGAGGUGACGGGCGUUUUGGAAGUCAGUCUGCAAUCGGAAUCAGAAUAUUAAGACUGGUGUCGCGUUCCUUUUGAGUUAUGAUUGGCCAUAGAAUUGCCUAUUUAAAUAUUUGGCUAUACCUUCUCAAGCUCAACAAGUUAUUCCGGUUGGAACAUGACUUCAUGGAUAUAAUUCAUUCAAGUGCACUUAAUUUCCUUGCAUGGUUUUAUUCAUCAAGAUUCGUCAAAAACAUGUAAACGAAACAUAGGUUUUGUUAAUCGUAAACGAAUAGGAUGGGCUCCAACGAUGUCGCUGUAACGGUCCAAGGAUGUCAUUGGGACUGACUGGAUAAGUGGAAGAGGAGGGGAAACGCGUCUGAAAUAGCAGAACAUUUAUCCGGGCGGGUUUGGAGACGUCACAUAUUCUGCACUUGCCCAGGUUGUCUGUUCUGUUUGUGUGUUUCCGAACUGAAUUCCGAAAAUAACCCUAAUGCUGACGCUAACAGCUUGUCUUGUUUUACGUGCCCGGACUAAGGGAAUAUUAGGCGAAUGUGGACUAAAUUGUGGGUACGACCACUUGCAUGUGUACUCUUGCUUAUGUUCGUGUCUGUGUGUGUAUCUCUGUCUAUGUUUGAAAGCGUGUUUCAGUAUAAAUCAGUGCGUGGGUGUGUCAGACUGUGUGCAAGUGUCUGUCUGUGGGUGUCUCGUGCCCGUUUGUGUCCGUUAAAACAAACCGACCCGUGCUGAUGAGUCUCACGUGUACUUGUCAUUCAUAGGUAGCCAACCACCCAAAACUACCACCUCUCAUCCACUGUCAAGAUGAACUCUUACAGAAUACUACCAUGUGUCGAUGAGAGCAAGAGGGAGACAUGUCCUUGACAACCAGAGAGGGAGGGUCAAAGAGCGACCUGCGUCAUUAUCCCUGAGAGAGAGACCAGGAAUUAGGUGCCAAUAUGCCUGGUGUGGAAACGCUGAGGGCGGCAGUAGAAAGGAGAAGGUGGGCCUCAGGCCAGGAGAACAAGGGAGGAUGGAGAGAUUUCGAUGAAGAAAAGCGAGCUGGGGAAAGGAGGAGAUAAGAGAAAGCACUGCCAUCAUAUUUUUGGAGUGACAAAUCUAUUGUUUUUACGUGGCAAACACCCAGAGGUGGGGUUAGGAUGCACAGAUCAGUGGAGAGGAGACAGAUCACUACAAGCCAUUGGAGAUUAUAAAAACUAUUUAAUCACCACCUUUCUCUUUCCCCAGACAGUCUUAGCUUGUAGCCUGUUAUUAGGCUCCUAGUUGAACAUUGACAGGACAUAUUGUCCCGUUUUGACAAUCUGAGAGUGACAGGUCUGAGAGUGACAGAGUGAAUCUGAGAGUGACAGGUUAUAUUGAUCUCCCUUUGCCUCCCUUCUCCCUGGUUAGGGGAUGGAUGGGGUGGCGGGAGGUGUUGGGCCCCCUGGCGGGGGUGAGGGUCGGCCGGGUCGUAGUGGAGGAGACUCUAAGAGGCGCAGUAAGGGCAGCCUGCCCUCCCCAGGGUACCGCCUCUCCCAGGCAUCGCUGGAGGGUGACAGGUCAGGGGUCGAGGGGUCCGGUUCUGGAGGGGGGCGACGGCGCCUCUCCAUCUUGAGUGCCACCAGAGACGGCCUCCCCUUCCGUUCAGCUGGCACCCCGACCACCCCUGUCCCCCUGCCCCCUCCUCCAGCCCCCUUCUCCUCCACCCAGCAGCGUUCUGUUGGCUUUUCCUCGUCACGCGCCGCCCUUGCCUCCACUUCCUCCUCCACUGGCACCGGAGUGGUCGUUGUAGCGUUGGGCCCGGAAACCACGACAACCACGGCUUGUAACACCGUGGCGGGCACGCCGGAGAUGGGAAGUCUGUCUGGGACGGGGGGCAUGGGGGGGUUUGGGAUGGGUCUAGACGGGGAGGACUACAGCUACUCCAACCAGUCCACCUUCAUCCAGAGACAGUUUGGAGCCAUGCUGCAGCCGGGGGUCAACAAGUUCAGCCUGCGCAUGUUUGGGUCCCACAAGGCCGUGGCCAUGGAGCAGGAGAGACUCAAAUCAGCAGGGGAGUGGAUCAUACACCCCUACAGCGACUUCAGGUUCUACUGGGAUCUGAUCAUGUUGUGUUUGAUGAUGGGGAACCUGAUCAUCCUGCCAGUAGGAAUCACCUUCUUUAAGGAUGAAAACACUCCUCCCUGGAUCAUCUUCAACGUAGUCUCUGAUACUCUCUUCCUGGUUGACCUGGUCCUCAACUUCAGGACCGGUAUCGUCAAGGAGGACAGCACUGAGAUACUGCUAGACCCCAAGGCUAUCCGUCAGCGCUACCUAAAGAGCUGGUUUGCGGUGGACUUUGUGUCGUCCAUCCCUGUGGACUACAUCUUCCUGAUGGUGGACUUGGAGGCCCGGCUGGACUCAGAGGUUUACAGGACGGCCAGGGCCCUCCGCAUCGUACGCUUCACCAAGAUCCUCAGCCUGCUACGCCUGCUGCGCCUGUCACGACUCAUACGCUACAUCCACCAGUGGGAGGAGAUCUUCCAUAUGACCUAUGACCUGGCCAGUGCCAUGGUGAGGAUAGUCAACCUGAUAGGCAUGAUGCUGCUGCUGUGCCACUGGGACGGAUGUCUACAGUUCCUGGUUCCCAUGCUGCAGGACUUCCCCCUGGACUGCUGGGUCUCCAAGAAUAACAUGGUGAAUGAUACGUGGGGAAUCCAGUACUCCUAUGCCCUUUUCAAGGCGAUGAGCCACAUGUUGUGUAUUGGCUACGGUGCCCAGGCUCCAGAGGGCAUGACAGACGUGUGGCUCACCAUGCUCAGUAUGAUCAUUGGUGCCACCUGCUAUGCCAUGUUCAUCGGCCAUGCCACCGCUCUCAUACAGUCCCUGGACUCCUCAAGACGACAGUACCAGGAGAAAUAUAAGCAGGUGGAGCAGUACAUGUCAUUCCAUAAGCUCCCUGCAGAUGUCCGUCAGAGGAUUCAUGAGUACUACGAGCAUCGCUUCCAGGGCAAGAUGUUUGACGAGGAGAACAUACUGGGUGAACUCAGCGAACCACUAAAGGAGGCGAUAGUUAGCUUUAACUGCCGUAGCCUGGUGGCUCACAUGCCGCUGUUUGCUAACGCGGACCCUAACUUUGUGACGGCAGUGCUGACCAAGCUUCGCUUCGAGGUGUUCCAGCCCAAUGACUUCAUCAUCCGUGAGGGCACGGUGGGACGCAAGAUGUACUUCAUUCAACACGGACGAGUUGGCAUACUCACCCGCGGAAACAAGGAGACCAAACUCAGUGACGGGUCCUACUUUGGGGAGAUCUGUUUGUUGACUCGGGGCCGGAGGACGGCGAGCGUCAGAGCAGAUACAUACUGUCGUCUCUACUCCCUCAGUGUGGACAGCUUCAACGAGGUCCUGGAGGAACACCCUAUGAUGAGGCGGGCCUUCGAGACGGUGGCCGUCGACCGGUUGGACCGCAUCGGUAGGAAGAACUCUAUCCUGAUGAGGAAGCCGUCCCAGGCGGGUUAUGGCGGGGGCAGCGGUUUGGGGCGUGGGGGUCGAGGAGGAGGGGGGGCGGGGCUAGGCAUGGGAGGGCUGGGCUCCUGUGACAGCAUGCUGGUUCAGCAGACCGUUAAACACGACAGCAUGCCAGCCAUGCAGGAGGCCAUCGCUGCUGCCGCUGCAGGAAGGGGAGGGGCCACGGGAGGAAGUGGUACGGUCUCCCCUAGGCCCCACCCACUGAUCUGGGCUCCACUGAUCCACGCUCCGCUCCAGACGGUGGCCGCUACGACUAACGUGUCCAUCGCCCUCAUGCACCAGCAGCAGCAGCAACAGCAGCUUCAACAUCAGCUACAGCAGCAACAUGCGCUAGGAGGCGCUAUAUUCCUCCCCUCCAUCUCUCCAUCGCCCUCCGUCUCCUUCCCCCUCUCCCCCCCGCGGCCCCCUGUCCUGCAGCCCCUGCGCCCCUCUGUGAGUUCCCUCAUUGGGAUGAUGGGAGUAGGAGGGAUGGCGGGGCUGUCCCCUAGAGGGUUUCCUGCCUUCCCCUCCCCCUCGCCCUUCCCCAUGGUCCCCCCGGGAGGUGUGAUAUCACCCCCUGUUGCUCAAACCCCACCCACACCGGCCUCCUCUGUUUCCACGUCGCUCCAAUUAGGAAAGACCCUGCACUACAGUCUCCACCUCCACCCGGAAAACUCUUCAGUAAUGUGUGGAACCCCAGGAAUCCCCAAGGUAGGAGGGGCCACCACAACCCAUCUGUUCUACCACGUGAAUCCAACUGCAGCCACCAGUGUCAUGUCAGACACUUGCAGUUCCAUGGCUGGCCAGCAUGGGGCCAAGGAGGCGCUAUUGCGUCACGGAGGCAGCAGCAACCAGGGCCUGCCUGCACUUGGGAGGCUCACCCAGGAGGCCAGGCUCCUCUCCGCCUCGCAGCCCACCCUGCCUCAUCGAUCCUGGGCAAGCAUGCAGCCUCACCCCUCUCUCCAGCGGAAGGCCUCUGGAGGUAACCUGCUGCCAGCCUCGUUCCUGGCUGGGAUGCAGCUAGCCAGGGGUGGCAGUGUGGGGGUGUUGACUACUCCCCUACCAGUACAAGUCUCAGCACAACGGUUACAGAUGCCCCCAUUCAAUGCACAGAUACAAGCACAUAACCUGGGCUCUGUACAGCCCAUCCCUGAUCAUGUCUCUACACACUGCCCUGCACACACACACACAGCCACACACACACAUACUGUCGCUGUACCUGCAGCCACACCCACAUCAGCUUCUCCCCUGGCCUCCUACACCCCCUCCUCUGCUCCCACUCCUUUCUCCCUCAUCCCAGCCCUGCCACUGACCCCUCGCCCCAAACCCACCCCUACACCCCCAUCUUGCUCCUCCUCUCCUCCCCCCUGCUCCAUCCCUCCCUCUUCCGGAACUACUCCACUCACCUCAACCCCUCGCCCCAAACCCAUCCCUACACCUCCCCUGUGCUCUUCUUCCCCCUCUCCCUCCUCCACUCCCCCUCCCUCCUCUGUCAGUGCCCCUCUCUCACUUCCACAAACCCAUGGGCGCAAGUCCUCUCUCGCGUCCCCCUCUCCCCCCUCCUCUUCCCUACCUUCCUCUCCCACUCUUCUUCAGAGCCCCCUAAUCAAGCCCUCCCCUACACCCCCCUCUCCUUACCCUCUAUCUGGGCCCACCCCUACCCCCUCUAAAGCCUUUACCCCUAUCCAGACUCGUACCCCUACCCCUACCCUCUCUCAACACUCCAAUCGUCCCUCUACCCCUAUUUCUACUCCUGUUCCCAUUCAGAGCCAAACCCUAACUGCAACCCCCAUCCCAGCCCCCACCCCAGCCUCCACUCCCACCCCAGCCUCCACUCCCACCCCAGUCCCCACCCCAGCCUCCACUCCCACCCCAGCCUCCACUCCCACCCCAGCCCCCACCCCAGCCUCCACUCCCACCCCAGCCUCCACUCCCACCCCAGUCCCCACCCCAGCCUCCACUCCCACCCCAGCCUCCACUCCCACCCCAGCCUCCACUCCCAUCCCAGCCCCCACCCCAGCCUCCACUCCCACCCCAGCCUCCACUCCCACCCCAGCUCCAAAGCUGACCGCAGCCGUAACACCUGUCCAAACCUCCACUACCACCCUCCCACCCACUCAGUUGGUCCCAGGACCUGCCACCUCCCUCCCUCAAACCUCUUGCCCCCCAGCCACCUCUGCCCCCUCCGCCUCCCCCAAGGGGGACCUUCAACCUGCCCCGCGAGUCUCUAUAACAACAUGCCCACCUCGGCCCUCCUUCCCUCCCACCUCGCUACGACAGACACUGCCGCUGGCCUAUCGCACCGUGGCCGACCCCUGUGCCCUGCCCACCCCAGCGGUCCCUCUCCAGCCCCGCCAGAGCCAAUCCGCGGCGGGGUGUAAAGUAGGGCAAGCCGCUUCCUGGUUCAAGGAGGAGCUGCCUGGAGUUGGAAUGGGCCAGCGGAAACAACUGCUCCUGACCCCCCCCCCCCCCCGGUCCUUACCGGGGUUACGGGAGGACUACGUCAUGGGUAUUCGGUAA